AUGAAGGCGAAAUCCUCGACGGAGUCCUGGGAGGAGGGUCUGGACUUCGCGGCGGAGAGGGCCUCCAUACUGAAGAAGGUGGAGGAGUGGCGGGAGCAGGUCCGCCGCUUCCGCCGCCACGAGAGCGCUUUGCAGGGCGUGAUCGACAGGAAGGGCGUCGAGAGGGAGAAGGCGCAGCGCGAUUGGCGCGGCGUUCGGGACAAGAUCCGGCAGUUCCUCGCCAACCGCGGCCUGCCCGACCCAGUCGCCAUGAUGUCCGCCAAUUGGUUGCGCGAGAUGGGCGUGAAGUCGGCCGAUGUCUCCAUCAAGAUGGAGUAUGCGAAGAUUCCUGAACUGCCCUGCGACCAGGCGCUCACCGCGAAUACGUUCCUCGAGCCGUUCAUGAUCACGAAGCCCCAGGAAGCGGGCGCGGGGCCGAAGGGGCCCGCGCACGAAGUCUUCGGCAAGAUCUUCAAGGAUCGGGCGGAGGAGGUAGGCUCGAAAGUUCCAGAGAUCCGGGACUACAUGAAGAAGAAGAGCGUCGACAGCAGUUGGGGUACGAUUGCCUUCGAGCCGACGCUGGCGUUCGGGGCGCCCGCGGAGGGCGGCGCGUCAUUGGACCCCGUCGGCGGCCUCCGGAUGGCGGUGUUUUGCCGCAACACGGGCGCAUGGCAGUGCAAUUCGACGGUGUAUCCCUGGAAGGAGGCCCCAGUAUUCAUCCAGCAGUUCGUCGGCGCGAGCAUCGUGUUCAUGUGCGGCCCCUCCUUUGUCAAGGAGCACGUGGACCUCAACGGCCACGUCGAGGGGUCCGACUCUGCCGCGCUGUACAAGGUGAAGUCAUGCGUGUUGCAGGCUGGCAGCGUCCUGUUCGCGCCGAUGGGGUUCGCGCCGCUCAUCGUCCCCAUCCCCCCGAACGUGGACUGGGGCUCGGCCAAGCCCUCGAUCAAGGAGCCCAAGCAGGGGACCGAGCAGAAGCAUUGCGGUGCGUUCGGGAUCAGCCUCUUCCUGUCGCCCGCCGUGCGCUCCCUGGUGCCGCCGGAUGUCCGUCUGUCGGUGGCGACUGCCUGGGGGGUGGCCAAGGGCCACGGCCAGCUCCCCAAGAGCAUCCGCGAGAACGAGAAGGUGAACGCUUGGUUCGAUGAGUGCGGGAAGCCCGAGGAGGACGAGGACGCCCACGAUCGCGACUGA